CAGAUGGUAAAUCUCUAAUGAUCUAAUAAGUGUCUGGUCGUGUUGUUGAGUCCUGCGGUGAUCCGACUCUGACUGCAGCAGUGUGUCUCUGGAGAAACAUGGGGGAAGCGGAGACUCUGCCAUCCGACGACAAGCAAGCAGAAACCGGCAUCUGCACCGCCGAGGAGUCCAUCGUAUGGAGUCAAGAAGUAGAAGUGUGUCUUUUUCACGCAAUGCUGGGGCAUAAACCCGUCGGAGUGAAUCGUCAUUUCCACAUGAUCUGUAUUCGUGAUAAGUUCAGUCAGAACAUCGGCAGGCAGGUGUCCUCUAAAGUCAUCUGGGAUCACCUGAGCACCAUGUACGACAUGCAGGCGCUGCAUGAAUCAGAAAUACUCCCGUUUCCAAACUCGGAGAAGAGCUUUGUGCUGCCUGAAGAGAUCAUACAGGAAGUCAAGGAAGGUAAAGUAGGAUCUGAAGACGAAGUAAAAGAAGAGUUCAAAGAAGAGAGUGACCCACCUGCAACCCACGAAGAAGGCAGCAAUUCCUCGGUGAAGAUGUCGGAGAGGUCGGGCAGCGGGCGCGAGAAAGAGAAAGAGCGGGCCGAGAGGGGGGGCUCAGGUGAGACGGGCAGCGGGUCGAAAGAAUCAUCCGGGGAAAAGAGGAAGAGGAGUCGAGCCGUGGAGAAGGUGAUGAACUCCAGCAACCCCUCCAGCCCCGGAGGAGCCAAGCGCCGCAGGACGUAGACGCAGCAUGCAGCAGGACGACUUGGGACAUCAGACAUUUGAAAAGAACUGACGGAGAAAGGUGUAGCUAAUAUUGGUCGUGCUAGAGCCAAUGUGGAAGUGAAAUUAGAUGGAGAGCAGGGGAUGUGAUGUUCGUGUGUGUGAUCUGCAGUCCAGAGGUUCACUGCGAGAGGCGUUCCUGUGCUGUUCACAGACAGACGGUGGACAUACAGAGAAAGGAAAGUCUGGUGGCUGUGUAGGAUAUGACUAGACUGAUGGGGAAAGUAUGAUCAACUAAUAAGCUUUCCUCUGCUGAGUUUGGAAAAACCUUUUUCUUUUUUUUAAGAUUUGUGGGAAUUUUAAGUGGUAGCUUUAUUUUAUUUUUGUCGGUUCUCGAGACGGACCAGAGUAUCAACUAGUUUGUUGUGUGAUUUAUUAGGGCUUACACUGCAAAUAAGCUGAGCUAGACAUGUUAUUACGUAACUGUUUGAAAUAACCUGAUUGUAUUAGCCGAUGAGAUGGUCAUUGAUCAAAUGCAUCGUGAGUAGUGAUGGUAUUUGGUUUUUGAGUCAUGCUUGUUUUACAUUUCUGACCGAACAUGUUAAACACAUCAGGAGGAUGUCCCUGAUUAAAAAAAUGAUAAUGAACUA